CAGUCCGAUCGAGCAUCUGUGGGACGUGCUGGACAAACAAGUCCGAUCCAUGGAGGCUCCACCUCACAACUUACAGGACUUAAAGGAUCUGCUGCUAAAGUCUUGGUGCCAGAUACCACACACACCUUCAGAGGUCUUGUGGAGUCCAUGCCUCGACGGCUCAGAGCUGUUUUGGUGGCACAAGGAGACCUACACAAUAUUAGUUGAACGCAGCCUGACAGGUGGAUGAGUGACUGAUAGCCUUUUCUGAGCAUAGCAUGAAUCAAUAUCAACAGCAGCCUGGCCGAUCCAACCUGUACAGCGCCGUGAAAGCCGAGAGCUCGCCGACUCCGCCCCUCGCCACCGGCAUGGCCAAUAGCACUGCAGUUCCGGGGAAAGCCCUGGGAACCCCGGGGCCUGCUGGGAGAGUGAGUCCUGAGGGAACUCAGGUGCUCAGUAAGAAGAAACUGCAGGACCUUGUGCGGGAAAUUGACCCCAAUGAGCAGCUCGAUGAAGACGUCGAGGAGAUGUUGCUGCAAGUUGCUGAUGAUUUUAUAGAGAGUGUCGUGACCGCGGCCUGUCAGCUCGCUCGUCACCGCAAGUCUAACACUCUCGAAGUGAAGGAUGUGCAGUUGCACCUUGAGCGUCAGUGGAACAUGUGGAUCCCUGGCUUUGGCUCAGAUGAAAUCCGACCGUACAAGAAGGCGUGCACUACGGAAGCACACAAACAGAGAAUGGCACUGAUCCGCAAGACGACCAAAAAAUAGGAAGAAUGCAGAAGACUGACAUUUCUCUUGCUCUUUUUUUUUUUUUUUUUUUUUAAAGCAGGCUGAUGAUGAUGAGGUGCGACGUUAUCAGCGCUGUAAUCAACUGCUUCUACUGUUUUACCUUUACAGAUGUCUGAAUCACUUGCCCAAACUGUUGUUUAAACUGUAAUUUGUGUUUCGUUCUUGGUAUGAUUACAAUAGACUAUACUGUUAUAGGCGUAAGUACUAUAAUAGAUCUCAAAUGCUGCAUAAAAAACAGGAUGAUUAGAUCAGCUCACUGUGGCCAUUCAUGUGUUUUUAACACCAGCCACUAUGAAGUUGUGUAGAAACUGUAUCUCGCUGCAUAUUUAUCAUUACACCCUCUUAUAUUUCUCAUUUUUUUGGAGACCAUCAUCUCUUGGGUGAAUUUUUUUUAAAGAGUUUAUUACUGCCUGUAGUGGUAAAGAGUGCUUCUGGGCACAGGGAGAGUUGUUAUGGCUGCGCUUAUUUACAAGUUAAAUGUGUAUGAUGUGUCCAGAGGUCAUUAUGAAUUUGGGUCAGAGAUUAUUUGCACAUUAUUAUUUUAAAGGAAACAUAACGAAGAAAAAUUGUGCACAGUUAACAUUGUUAUUUCUUGCUUCGGGUAUUUUAAUUUUCAAUUUCUUUGAUUCUUUUUCUUUUCCUUUUCGUAAUGACUUAUCCGCCCUCUUAAUGGCUCACUCUAAGUAUGUCAAAUUAAGGUGCUAUUAUUUGCUUCUUCAGUACAUUCAGUUAGAAUUUAUUUGUCCAGUCCAGUGAUUUUGUAAAAACAAAACAUGUUCAGCUGAACAACACUGAUACUCAAGUAGCCUUCUGCAACAUGUAGGUUGCAUAGCAAUUUUAAUUCUAUCCAAAAUUGCUAUUCAGUUCUAGCUAACUUAGCUAGGUUUUCAUCAUCAUCAUUAUUAUUAUUAUUAAUAAAUAUAAAGUUUUGUUUGCUUGGGCAAGUGAAUUUUAAUAUGCAUUUCUGCAAUAUAGCUUGCAGAAACGCUUAUUAUUUGAUAGAUGGUCGUUGUUCUUGUCAUGGUGGUGUAUUGAGGCUUUCUGUAUUGGAGCUGUAUUACGUUCCAUCAGGGACUUCACAUAUGCAGUACUUUUCUUAGUACUUAAGUAACAUUUGUCUUUUGCAGUUUUGCCCGUUAUAGUAAGUGUACCACACCUUUGAAUUGUUUUGUUGAGAAAAGUACCCACCCAGGGCAGAUAGUCACACAUGGCAUGUGUUUUUUGUAGUGUUUGUAGUGUGUAGUCCUAAUGUAGGAUUUGUUUCACAGUACUGCAGUCAUAGUGUAGCCAAAAUACUCACAGAAUUGUCAAAGCCUUAUGGUAAUGGGGUUGGGAUGGAUUUUUUUGUGGGGUUUGUAACAUGUUUUUGGAUGAGUAUCAUGGUUCUUUAUAAGCUUGUCCAUUUUGUUUUUCCAAAAAUAAAAUUAUUUGAUUAUCUACAUA